UCUCCACUCUGGUCCAAGGGACAUCAUCUCUGACUCCAGAAGGCGGGCGCGCUGCGGAAGACAGACGCUGGCUGCGGGUAACGGGUCCCCCAUAGGCUUUUGCACAAGUUUUAUCAAAGCCAGAGUCAUCAGGUUCCCCCGCGAAGUUGUGGCAAGUUUCCUGGAGGUUCCAGCGAGACGCCAGCUCACCACUUGCUGCUCUAGAGCUCAGCCUUUGCCAGGAAAAGGUUUCAGCUAAAGGCCAAGAAGAUGAGUUUCCUAGCAAAUUUGGAACUGAACUUUGCAGAGUGUAUGAUAGAUGGGGGAAAAGCCACCCUUGGGGUUAGGCAAAGGGUGGAAAUGGACGCCACUCUCCGGAUGAAACAGAACGAAAUCAUCUCUCAAGCCCUGUGCGCUCUGCUGAAUUCCGGCGGCGGAGUAGUCAGGGUUGAGAUUGAGAACGGAGACUAUGAUUUUGAGAGGGAUGGAGUAGGCCUGAAUCUGCCACCAUUGUUCAGAAACCAUUUAGACGAGAUGGUGCAUGGAAAGUUCUUUUUAAUAUAUGUGAGUUCGUGGAACGUGGCAGCCUCACAGGUACGGCUCGCUACCUUGUGUUCCAAUUUGUACCACAGAUAUGGAACAUUUACGGAGGUCAUGGAUUCUGCAGAAGCCCUGACAUUCCUCAGAAGGGUCCAGGAUCUUAGGAAUCUUGGUGGUCCCGACUCACUAAAUCUACAGGAAGUACCUGUUGAUGAUGAUCAGAUGAUCUUAGCUUCUGAUUUGUUUGAUAGCCCGCAGCUCCAGUACCUGGAAAAACUCAACUUUACAGAGUCACCACACGUUGAAUUUCAAAUGUUCUCGGCAGACCUCUCACAGGGCCUUAGAGAGAGGCUUCCCAAGUGCGUCUCUGCACUUGCCAAUUCUGAAGGAGGCUAUGUGUUUUUUGGCGUGCAUGAUGAGACCCGUCAAGUAAUUGGAUGUGAAAAGGAAAAAAUAAAUCGUUCCAAUUUAGUGACUACUAUCGAUGUCUGUAUCAGGAAGAUGCCUGUCUAUCACUUCUGUGCACAUAACCACAAAGUGCAAUAUGCCCUCAAAUUCCUUGAAGUGUAUGAUAAGGAGGUCCUCCGUGGGUAUGUCUGUGCAAUCAAGGUAGAACGAUUCUGCUGUGUAGCAUUUGCCAAAGCGCCCGAUUCCUGGGAGAUAAAGGACGAUAAUAUGAAGCAGUUAACCGAAAAGGACUGGACCUCUUGGAUGAUAGAAGCCAACCCAGAGCUUUCCAGUUUCCCUCAGAUGAUCCCCAGGUGGAAUAUGUUAAACACCACACCCCGCAGCAGGACUGUGUUGAUACAUAAAUAUUUGAAAUCUGUGGAAGAACUUCAGAAGGAUUACUUUCCAGUGUCACCCAACGGGAUUACAUAUACUCCAGAGAGCGUCUACAAGGACCUCUUCUCAGAAUACAAAGUUCUAAGACAAUUAAUAAAUACAGAAAUGCGCUGUUUCUCUCAAGGGAUAUUGAUCUUCUCCCACAGCUGGGCUGUGGACCUAGGUCUUCAGAAGAGGCAAGAUGUCAUCUGUGACGCUCUUCUAAUUUCCCUGAACAACGUCCCAAUCCUGUACACCAUUUGCAACAAGUGGGAUCUGGGGAACAGGCACUAUUCCAUGACAGUCGCCCGCACCCUGAAGCAGAGGCUGGUGAACAUGGGUGGCUACACUGGAAGAUUAGGUAUCAUUCCCAUGGUCUUACAGCUGGCUCCUGACCAAAGAACAAGGGAUGAUUUAGAAAUGCCGGUUUACCCUGAAUCCUAUAACUUCACAACCAGGCAGCAGGUGGAAACUCUGUUGCAAUCUCUUGUGGUCAUCUUGUUUGGGUUCAGACCCUUGUUAAACGAAGAGUUGAACUUUGAGUCUGAGACUGUGGCCCUACUCACAGACCAACAGUAUAAGUUGCUUAAGACGAACCUGAACGAGCACAGAGAGUUGUUUAUUCAUGGCUUGCCUGGAUCAGGGAAGACCACUCUAGCUCUCAUGAUCAUAAAGAAGAUUAGGAAUGUGUUCAACUGUCAAGCUGAAGAUAUUCUUUACAUCUGUGAGAACCAGUCUUUGAAGAGGUUUGUGAGCAGGCAAAACAUUUGCCAGGCAGUGACACGAAAAAUCUUUAUGAAAAAUACCUUUGAUAACGUCCAACAUAUCAUCGUGGACGAAGCUCAGAAUUUCCGAACUGAAGACGGGAAUUGGUAUGCAAAAGCAAAAGCCAUCGUUCAGAGAGGGAGAGAUGGCCCAGGAGUUCUCUACAUUUUUCUGGAUUACUUUCAGAUCAAUCACUUGUGUUGUAGUGGCCUCCCUGAGCUCCAGCACCAGAAGCCAAUAUUGAAGCUCACCAGGAUGCUUCGCAGCGGGGACAACAUAGCCAACUACCUUCAAGAUUUAAUGCAUCUAAUCCAAAAUAAUCCUCCCCCGAACGUCCCACGAGAGGCCCUGACGAUGGACGAAGAACGUGUGUGGGGUCCAGAUGUCACAGGCAAUUUAGAGAUUACUGAUGAGUUGAACUUGGAGCAGAUGGCAAUCUAUGUAGCAGAGAAAUGCCAGUGUCUUUGGAGGUCUGGCUAUUACCCCACUGAUGUUGCUGUUCUUUUCGCUAAAGCCAGAGAUAUAGAAAAAUGUAGAGAAAAGCUUCUGCUAGCAAUGAGGAGGAGGACCAUGUCUCAGCUUGGUGAGGAGCCCAGUUCACUAGUGCAGGUCAGGGAGGGGCUGGAUAGUCUGGGUAAUCACAUCGUGUUGGAUAACGUCCACCGAUUUUCAGGCAUGGAAAGAAGUAUAGUGUUUGGGAUCAUUCCAAUGGGAUUUGAGACAGCCAUUUUCUACAAUGUUCUGCUCUGUCUGGCUUCCAGGGCAAGGACCCAUCUGUAUAUUAUAAGGGCUGUGCUUUGAUAGGAAGAUGCUAGCUUUCAGUUAGCUAGGGUUAGUCUCUAGAUGUCUUUGAAACUCUUUGAUCUAAACAUUUAAGCACCAAAACAUUUCAUGUGCAGUCACCUACUCAGGGCAAGCAAAUAUGGGGUGUGGGGGAUUCAGACAGUAGGAAGAGAUAGCAGAGCAAUUAGCUGGCACUGAUAUUCUCUCUCUCUCUCUCUGUAUGUAUGUAUGUAUGUAUGUAUGUAUGUAUGUAUGUAUGUAUAUAUGUGUGUAUGUAUAUAUGUCUGUAUGUAUCAAGAAGGAUUGGUUGUUUGAGGACACAUGUGGCAUGAAGCAGGAAGGACGCUGUGGGGCUCAGGGAGGGGAGGGGCACAGAUAUUAGCAAAAUACUGUGGUGCACAGCUUUAAUCUCAGCAUGAGAGAGACAGAGGCAGGAGGACCUUUGAGUUUUAAGCUAGCCUGAUCUACAGAGUAAGUGCCAAGACAGCCAGAAAUGUCAAGAAACAAAUGCUGGGGAAAUUCUGGCAGUAAAUGUCAUAACUUUUUUUUUUUCUCUAAAGUUUCUAUUCAUUAAUGCUAGUUCUCAGGAGGCAGAGGCAGGUGGAUCUCCAUGAGUUUGAAUCCAGCCUGGUCUACAUAGUGAGUUCCAGCCAGCCAGGGAUACAUAGUGAGACUUUGUCUCAAAAAUUUUUCCAUACAGUAAAGAAAAAUUUCCAAGAUUAAAAGAAAACCGGACAAGGAAUUUGACAGGAGGAGCACAUAAGGAGUUAAAUACUCCUACACAUGGAGGAUGGUACUAUGGUAGCAUGAGUGUCACAUAACCAGGGUGUGUGAUGACGUGCCGUUUGGAGAGAAAGACCUGGCCAUGGCCAUGAUAUGCUUGAACGUUUUACCUUGAGGUUCAUUUCUAAGGAAAUUACUCUGCACCGACAACUUGCACACAUGUAAAACGUUUCUGGAUAGACGUAUAGAACUUUGCUUCUAGUAGCAGAAAGCACAAUAAUAGUAAACAUCUAUACAGACGGGCUGAAGGGAGUAACUUACGGAAUGUCACAACACACCAGCAUACCACGAAGCCGUAAAAAAGCCAGAUCUCCCUUGUGUUUAUGUGGGGCCGCCUCUAAGAUGUUCUGUAUUGUGAACGAAGUCUGUCCUGUGCCUCUAGAGUUGACACACACGCUUGCAGAUGCAUUCAGGAUUUUUGAAAAUAAACCUUAAAAACUGGCAGCAGUAUUUGACUCUGGAGAAGGGAAAUCGGUACCAAGGGAGAAAACCAGCUUUUGCUCUUUAUGACUCUAGGUUCUCUACCCUGUGGUACGUGAUGGAGUUUUGCUUUGCAUGUGCUUUUUCUUAUGAAUGUAAUGGAUUUGUAAAUAACUUUCUCAGUUUUUAUCAACCUGUAUUCUGGAUAAACAUUUCAUAAUCAUUUGCAUGUGCUUUUUCUUAUGAAUGUAAUGGAUUUAUAAAUAACUUUCUCAGUUUUUAUCAACCUGUAUUCUGGAUAAACAUUUCAUAAUCAUAGUGGAUAUUGAUAGUGGAUAGUGAAUAGGGGGAUUUGAAAAUUGUACAACAUAAUAGACUUUUACUAUGUAGGAUUUAGAAGUGAUGACAUUGUCAUAUUUGGUUCAAGCUUUUUUUUUUCUUUAAAUAAAAGACAUAAAAUGUUGCAACUAAAACAAAA